UGCACGCUCAUGACGAACGCCUGCUUGGAUCGCGUUCUCAGACUAAGCGCUGUUAACCAGGGAAGCUGGAUUGGUCUUAGCAAAGGAUUAAAGCUGAGCAUUCCGUCACCGUGGAAGUUCCAUGGUUUACCGACUUCGUCAGCGCAGAUACGGUGAACUGUUAGUACCGAGCUUAUUUGGAAAAAUGUUCGCGAGAAAGUGGUCGGUAAAGUGGUCAGAAAACGUUCGCGCCAAAAUCUUGCAAAACACUGUUUGCGAACAUGUGCCGCCGGUGAGUACACACCUUUAUACAGCAAACUGCCCAUAUUCCUGCAAUUUACCCGCAGGAAAGGGUCGGAGUAUCCUUUGUUUUCUGUGAAACAGCUAUUAAUUACGCGGAUUACGCCAAAAGAUACGGCAUGACAACCAGACCUGGAAUUCUCCAACCUACCAAUUAUCCUUGAAAGCCACGUCUACAUCUUUGCUCCUAAUGGCAGGCACCUUUUCAAAUUGAUCGGGCAGCUUCUCAGAAAACGUAGAUAAGCCCCCGUAAGUAGCCCAUCUCCACACGCCUUCAAACUAGCCUCCACGUAGCCUAAACCGUUUUCUUAUCCGACAAGCGGUCGAACGAUCUUAAGAACGAGCAACGAAAGACAAGUCGCACAAUUUGGUUGUUUUUAACGAAGACAUAAACCACGUUUACUGGCCUUUCCAGAGAUCCAGAGAGAUUCAAUUCGGUGUUUUGGCCGGCACGCGACUUUUCGCCGGAUCACACGGGCCACGUGUUUUUUUCACACCAAGUCGGAAGCGUGAAAUGCCCUGUCAAAAAGUUUCAAACAGCGGGAUUUAUUGCUCGAUCGAUUACAUCGACGUUACGCGGCGCAACGCUGCUUUGUAAUCGUUCGUCGAGUCUCCGGUAAUGAUCUUUUGACGCGGCGCGUAGCGAGCCCCAGCUGACACUGCCUCUACAAAUCCUCUGAAUCCCAUUAAUCCGUGCACAGAAAUGCCAUAGAGAGCCCGGUGUAAAUUGACUCGACACGCACCGACUGUUUCUCUAACUGUGAAAUAAUUGCACAAUAAAACGACGUGGUAUUUCGCCCAUUUGUUCGCGAAUUUAAACGACCAUUACGGUUUUCAACUAGAAAAACUCGAUUUCCUUUUUCUAUUUUCUAAAAAUAUAUCUUCUUGAAAUUGUGUCCAGGAAAGGGUACUUCUUUCUUCUGUCUCUUCUUUUCUUUUUAGUCCGUAAAAUUGACGCGGCUACAGAGGUUCAAGGAAAAUUGUAGAGUGCAACGUGCAAACUGGAAACACGUUUCUCGUGAAACUAAAUUUUCUGUAAUGGCUACGUAAUGGCUAGCGAUAUUUCAAGUUCUGGACCGUCGUAACCGUGCUCGUACUACAUCAUAUUAUUAACCCUUAUUCCGUAAACGUCUUUACGGUAUCCUCGAACUGUAAACGUGUAAUACGCGGGUCUUUCGUGUGCGAUGCAUUUUUCAGUAGAUGAUACUUGUUAAAAAAAUCGGCCAAAAAUUCCUAUAACAUCUUCGACCGUUGUAAACUGAGAUUAUGGGAAAACCUUUGCCGGUUAAAUUUUUCCAAGCGAGGAAAAGAAGCUUCUCUGCCUAUCACCUUGCGAGAAAUUCUUAACCCGAUCGAAAUAGCCUCAGGCAUGAAAUAUCCAGCUCGACAGUUUAAUGAUUAUCGAAUGUUUUUGGUGUUUCUAAUUCAGAUAAAAUAAAAAGCCAGCAAAUAUUCUUGAAGCAUACUGGGAAAGUUGAUAUCAAAAAGUCUUGCGAUUUCUUCUCUUUCGUUUAAAUCUCGGAAUUAAACCUAGAAAGUAAUGCUCCAAGCUGGAAUCUGCAGAAAUAAUCUCGUAGUUAAUAUCUUCCUACAUGAUAAAUUGCAAGAUACGAAAGAUUGGAGAAAACAUUUUAUCGAUUUCUACGAGAUUUUCGAUGGAUUCUUUUUUCCCAAUCAUCCGCGUCUCGUCUUCGUGUUUUACAAUGCUGCAACGACCGGCGAAGAUUGGCCAAAAUUAGGGAGGAAUUAUUUUCCUGCGAAGAGAACCGGGCCAGCAUCCCUGAGAACUUCUCGUUUUGUGGUACUCGCCUUCGUCCAUCUGACCGCCUCACGAAUGAACAUGCGAACAACUCCGCAUACCUAUUACAAUAACCGGUGUACGUACACGGUUCCGUUCAAGGUUGCAGAGCCAAGCAAGUAUCUACAUGAUCACUGCUGAGAACACGGCAUGUUCCUUCGUUAGCUCUUAAUUGACAAUGAAACUACCAUUAGAGAUGCGAUCUAUCUCUACUCCGCUUCGAUUCGAACGAUUUGUUAGUUAUUAGACAUACGUGUAAGUAUGGAAUACUUGAAUCGCAAUGUCGACCUUGCCAAUAAUGUGCAAAGCAAAUUUCCAGCACGACAGAUCAAAGUCAAAGUGGAAGAUCAAAAUCUUGGAAUGAUACAUUUUCUGGCAAUCGAUAAAUUGGAUCCUACGUUCUGGAAUAAGAGGAAACAAACCUCUGCCGUUUCCUUUUACGACGAAGAAGAACGAUGCAAAAACAUGGAGAAUAAUUUGAUUUACAUUUCGAUGAAUAAUUUCUUUACAUUACUCGCGCCGUAGAAAAGAGCCAGAGAAUUAAUUCUCUCGAUUAAUUAAUAAUUCUGGAAUGACAACGAAUUUUUAUUGGAAUCGCACGAACGACAAAUUAAACGGUAUUCCGAGGCAGUUUAAAUUGCGAAGUCAUCGUAUUGGAAUGUUCAUUUCGCAUAUAUUAUUAAUACAAUUCUUCUAGAAGCAUGCGAGAAAUAAUCAAGCGAUACGCGAGAUUAAAUUCUCCCGGAAUGACAAAUUUUCUAACACUCGCCAACCGUCGAGUUGAACAUUUUACAGCGGAACGAUCGAUCAAUGUUUCUAGAAAGCGUACGAUGAAAAAUCGAAUGAAAACCGUGGUAUUGCGAGGCAGUUACAAUAACAACCGUUAGACGUGUACGCGAAACCAUAUUCACGUAACGGUGCGCGGUAAAAUCGGAAAAGGACGAGGCGUAGACCGGCUAGCAUAGUCGAGCGUAGUACACCUUGGCUCAUUGACUUCUCGAACGCGCGUCUCCUCUUCUCCCAACUCUGAUAAUAAUUGGUCACGGAAGAUGACGAUGAAAGAUCUCGUGAUGAUAAAAAUCCCAAAAUCCCAUUUGAUGAGUUGCAAGAAGCAAGAAGCAGCGGCGAUCGAUCUACCGCGAAUCCAAACAAAAUAGCGUUCGACUUGCUACUGGAGAAUAAAUGCAGGAUUUGAAUCGUGAUCGUGUUACACGGAGAUACUAUCUUUCCAUAUACAUAGUCAUGCUGGCUGUGGCUCUUUCGAUUUAUUCGAAAAUAAAUGCCACUUUUCACUUUAUACUCAUUCAUUCAGUCAUCAUACGAGCAUUCCUGUCUGCGCUUCUUCGCUUUCUUAUGCCUUUCGCUCGAUUAUAAAUACGGUAGCCAACAUUAUUUUAACUUACAACUAUACUAUUGUGCCUAAUAUCGUUCUCCGCUGUUGCUGGUUAGAAGGAAUACGAAGGAAGAAUUCUUGCACGCGAUUUACGUUCCUGAAAGUCACGCGAUUCUAAUCUCGCGCGACAACGAUAGCUCCGAGACAUUGUAAAUUUUGUAAGGGCGGUGGUACGUAGUAAGAAAAAUCCAGUCAGAGGCUUUCAUUGAUCUCUCUGUAGCCCAUAGACGAUUUAAUAAAAUAAAAUUUAGUACGUGUUAAAAUUAGUUAAAACCGAAGACAUCCAGUGAAACAGCUAUUUUGUCUUGUUAUCUUCUCAUAUCCGAUAACGUAGCUACAUUGAUAUUUUAAUUAAAUUAAAGUAUAACACAAAAGAAGGUGUCUAAUAUAUUAACAGUGAUAAUAAUCGACAUAGGAUCAAAAGAAUUUGACUUUCUAACUAAGACUAAGAGAACGCGUUUAGGAAAUCGGAAAAGGGUCGUGGUAUUCUAUAUAGAUACAAGCGUGGUACGGUGCGAAGAUAGUUAGUCGGAGAUAAAAGUCCUACGGAAGAACGCUCAAUUUUAUGGAACCUGUUCCCACCGUGACUCCCUCAAACGGGUUUAGUUAGGUGCAUACAUUUCACGCUCGUAUGCGUGCAUGGCCGUCUUUUAAAGGUCGUAAAUUAACGUUCCGUUCUUACGACUGUGCAGGGAAUCCGAAAAUUCGUAAGUAUCUUAAUUAAACCGUCGCCAAAUCCCGCGACGACAACUUCGAUACGCGUUUAUUUCUUCAUUUCGUCGGCGAUUAACGACCGGGAACGUCAAGCUAAAUUCCGGCUCGUCCCAUCAAAUUUCUACAUCUCCAGCGAUUUCUCCUCGAUUAUAUCGUUCUGAAGUCUGUGAUAAUUAAACAGAAAAAACUUUCUAUGAUUUCUAUGAUAUUAUUUUCAGUUAAACGUAAUCCGAAAACCGAUAAAAUGAAAAAUCGAUCGACUUCUAAACAUGUAGCGUGGAUAUUUUAAAGAAUAUUUCCUAAUAUUAUACAAUGAUAUCUAUUUGUUGCUCCGUUUUCUUUCGCUUGCCGUACCCUUACGCGCAGCUUUACUCCAUACAUUUUAUCAAGGAUUUCGUUGAGAAUUUAAUUUUAAAUAUCGCUUUUGUAUCGCUAUGAACAAAGAAAUUUUUCUGGCCGAAUAAAAUGCGCAUAAAAUUCGUAUUUAAUACGAGAACAAAAAAUAUCUUCGAUCACGUUUCUUUAGUUUCGCGUCUUCUUCCUAAAGAUACGAAUUCGCCUAAAUCUCCGCAGUCCAGUUACGUGAAAGAAAUCGAUCGAUAUUUGUUCCCAUUGGGGUGACACGAUGAAGAUGGAAAGAGCAACUUCCGCCUGAAUGUUGCAGUCUUCCUGCACACAACGGCGCAACGCGUAUCGAGUCGAGUCGAGUCGAGGCAAGUCGAGCCUACUCCAGCCGCGAUACAAGAAGAGAGGGUGAAAGAGAAAAGAGAAGAGUCAUCCUUCUCUCCUUCUCCCUCGCAAUCAGGGGUGAGUGACUCACGUUCUGCAGCUUCGACGCCGACAGUCGGGACGCUUACCCUCAAAUAUUGAUUCGCCGGCUCGGGGAAACGAGGCUGCUAACCCUCCAAAGCAACGGCGUAUCUAAAUUUUUCUAACGCAGCAUUUUUUGGGCUUCUUAUUCGCCCCUGAGUCUUCUCUACUCACCUUACAACUUUCGCUUCUUAUCGAAGACCUUUCUAUCACGUAUCAUUUGCAAAUCAUUAUUCGCGUACGCGCGUCUUCACCGCGUGUCUAUGCGUAUUUGCGUACGUCAGAACACCAAGAAGGACAGCCAGACGCCAAUGUGUUGCACGUUGAAUCGAUCAAACUCUGCCGUACGUUAUUGCGCGUGAAACAGACGUAGGCAGAAUACGGGAAGCGUUUAGAGAAAAUAAAAUACAGCAUGGGCUAAUUGUAUGCGUAAAUGUCAAGAAUUUUCUUCCACUAGAAAGGAGAUACUCGCGCCUUUUCUCUCUAUCUCUUUCUUUCUCUUCCUCGCUCUCUAUCCGUCUGUCUCUCUCUCUCUCUCUCUGCCUCUCUUUCCUUUUUUUCCUCUUCUCUUUCUAGAGACAAACGUUAAAAACAACAGAAGCGACGUGAAUCGCAUUCUCAUACCAGAGAACAAGGUUUCCUUUGAAUUUUGUAAAAGGUUAAUAAGAAGAUACUACCUGUGACGAUAGAAAGGAAAAAAACGUGGUUAUCUGACCGCCGGAACACGGUGAAAAGGGUUCAGCAGGCGAAGGCAGAAAGUAUAAUUGUGGUCGAAGCUCGUUACACGUCUCGCUGUCGUAGUAAUUAAUAAGACAUUUUUCCCGUGAGAAAGUGCCGAGCAGUAGAAACACCGGUGAGUUCUCCGCUCCUCAGUGUUCUGUAUACGGAUAAAAAAUGAAGCGACGACGUGCAUGCCAUUCAAAAAGGUCACUCACCGUCCCGCCAAGGUCGGCGAAGUUUUGUCACAUUGCGAGUCACACCCAGCUUCUCUUUGAUCCUUAAUCCGUCUUCAGCACUUUCUCCCUGCGACCACGCAAAAUUCGACGAGAAACGAAUUACACAUACACACGCCGUGAACACCGUGUUGGCUAGAUCACGAAGAACGACGUGCACGCACUUCAGCUGCUCUCGGCAGCGUCGCGACUACUACCAACCACCAUACACGCACGAACCAAUCUUACGUACGAGCGUAGUAGAGGGCGACUACCUGCGACCGUGUAUCUCGACAUUGACUUCGAGCGACGAUCAAACGACCAUCUCCGCACCGGCCACCGAUCCGCGUUUAAUGCGCUCUUUUUUUCCUCACGCAGAGCUCUUUUUCUCCUUCCUUCAAAAUUGUCAAUUCACUUUCCGAUUCGCUGCAAAUAUAGGAAUUUCCUUUUUAUCGAACUGAACUCUCGCCAAACUGAAAUCGAAAGCGAAUGGAUAUCAAAGUGGUAACUAAAUCGCGGAUUUUUAUGCAUUUAUGAGAAAUUUGGGUGUGCAAAAUUGCAUAGAAAAGACGUAUAAAAUAUCAAAAGUGUAAUGCCUCCUAUAAUGAAUUAUUAGUAGAUAAAACAAUUUUCCACCUAACUCUUAAAUAUAUUCUGAGAAAUAUGAAUUUGCAUAGAAAUCUGCUGCCUAGUGACAACGCAAUAGGAAACUAAGUCCAUUGCAUUAGACGAGAUAGUAGAUAUCGAUUACUAAAUGCAAAUAUCUUUUGAAAUCGAUAUCUGGAAUAUAUCAUUUUGUUACUGUUAAAUACCUGAGAUUUUGUAACUGUUUUGAUCAUUUUUCUAGUGUUAUGUUAACUUUAUAGCACCUUGAUGUAAUACUGUAAAGUAGCCAUAUUAGAAUUGCAGUUAACAAGAAGUGAAUUUUGAUUUUCAGUUUUUACUGGCAACGAAUUGAAAAUAUGAAAUAUACGGUAUCAUAAAUAGUUGUAAGAAGCGUGUACUUUCUAAUUUCGUAAAACUAUAGGUAGAUAUAGCUUGGAAGUUCGUCAUUCCUGUAGUUACUAACCUGUAAGUAACUUCUCUAUUGAUAUAAACGCUUUUUAAAUGUUGAAAAUGAAAUUUGUUGGAUGCGAUGAAAGAUUUAGGUAAAAGGCACAAGCACACACCUUGCUACUGUCGACAGCGUCGGCGACUGCUGCAAACUCUCUCUUGCACGUGCACGAGACACAUAAACAUUUAAACGCGCAUGUAUGUGACUAUCUUAACACGAACGACUUUUACAAGUGAUAUUUUUCAAGAUAAUGAACUCUAAAUAUAUACGUUACUGUAUCUUUACUUUCUUCUUUGAUAGUUUAUAAUACUUAACAUAAAUAUGUAUGGAAUCAAAUGCGAUGAAUCAUAUAUUUUUGACAAUAUUCGAAUCGAAUUAAAGCACACUGAGUCGGCGGUUCAUUUGACGAGAACGCCAUCUAGAUGUUCUAAAUAUAUAGUAUCAGAGGGCGCCAUUAGUUCGAGUGUUCGCUUGUACUUAUAUAUGUGUAUGUUUCGUCUGCGUAAAUAUUGUGUUGUAAACUCCAGAAUAACAUUGCGGUUAUUUGAAUUUUUCAUGAAAUUUAUGUGGUACUUGUAGUUACAGAAGGUAAGAAUUUGUUUACCUACCUUUUUUUUUAGCGUUUUCUAUGUAUAUUAUUUUUAAAAUAAUGUAAAAUUUACUAUAUGUGUACAAAUGAAUCAUUUAAUACAAUAGUAGUGUAAGUUAAAAAAGUUGAUUACUUUGUAAUGAGACGAUGAGAUAAAGCAAAGAUUCUCUAAAGGGUCAACUAGGCGAUUCUUACUUAUUUUGCUAUCCACUGUGAAACUAAUACAGAUAUACUUACUUAUGUUUGAACGAGGGUUAUGCUUUCAAGAUUAAUGUUUAACUAAAAGGGUGAAAGACUGACUUAUACCACUUUUGCAUUAAACGGCUCAACAGUUUUAUAUUGUAUCUAUGACAAACAUAUUGUACAAAAAAAAUAGCAACAUAUGGAGGAAAAUAAAACUGCAAUACAUGAUCUUAAUAAAUUGGAAGUUAAGGAUGUUUGGAAAGAAUUUUAUUGUCCAAAAUAUGUUACCCACCUUUGUCCUAAAACUGACAAAUUAUCAAAAGAAAUAUUAGAUUUCUACGAACAAUUAAAACUGGAUACUAAUUGUAUUUUACAAAAAUUGGACAAACUCAUAUCUGAUCCUAUAACAAGUGAUAGCAUAGUUCGCAUAUGCAGACUUUUAUAUGAUUAUCUUGAUAAAGUAGGAAAUGAUGGUUACAAAGUUAAAGAUUUACCAUUGGUAAUAAAAGUAUUAAAGUUUUUGGGUGAAAAUGUUAAAAUGGUUAAAGAAUAUGAGCUACAUCUUGAUAGAAUGUUAGAGCUUUGUAAUGUACCACCCAUAUUAGAAAAGCUGUCUGAAAGUGUAAUUCAUAUUGAUAUAAUGGAACAAUAUUUUACAUUGCUAGGACAUCUUCUUGUAGUCUUACCUACAAAGCAGCAAACAUUAAAAAUUCAUAGAGCUCUUGAUUCUUUGUUAUUAAAAGAACAAGUGAGAAAUGUUCCUACAAUAAAAGUUGAACAUUGUCGUAAAGCUAUGGAAAACUCAAGGUUACCAUUAACUGUGACUGAAUUGUUGCAAGCUUCUUUUCUAAGAAUGUAUCCAAAAAUUUUAGAACUAGUUUUCUUACUUUCAUCCAUCUCUCAUAAAUGUUGUUAUAGAAUGCUGGAAGCUAAUAUACUCAAUGUUAUAUUUAUAAGAAUGGAUCUUCCUUAUGCAAUUCAAUUACAAUGUACACGGCCUCCUGACUUAUUGUUAGAUGGGGAAGAAUAUAGUGAUGAAACAACUCUUUUGAUAAUGAAUACUCUCUGGAGCUUGAUGAAAUCUAUUAUUUUUUCUAAUAAUAUGCCAAGAAAUUUAAGGGAAAAUUUGAAACCAACUCAUUGUGUUUUAUGGGGCCUAUGUUAUGCUUUCAAGCGACAGAUAUGUUAUAGCCAAUAUAGAAAGUUUAGUGCCAAGAUUAGAAAUGAAAUUGCUAUGAUUAUUCUUAUAAUUUCAAUUACCUUACCUUCUUGGAACCUUGUUAGUAGCGGUAUAGCUGAUGCUGUUAUUAAAUACUUAAUUGGAAUUGAAUUUGGGUCUACUACAAUAUUUUCAAAAGUGAUAAAAUUUGGUAGAACUAUUGAUGAUUUGCAUUUUGAAAAAACUUUAUUAUUAAUUGUUACACAUUUAGCAGAAGUUGAUGCUUGUAUUUUUGUAAUUACUUUCUCUCUUUCUCUCUUUUUUUAA